UUUUAUGUCAGUUCAAUAAUAAUCAUAUAAGUUAGUUUCUUUUUUUUUUAUAUAAAUUCGAUUUUAUUUUAUUUCCAUUAAAUUUAAUUAUACAUUUUUAUUUUACCUUUUUAAAUAUGCAUGUUGUGGUUUACUUACACAUAUUCGCUCAAGUGUUAAACGUACUCGCUACUUCAAAGCACAUAAAACAUAAAGUGGUAAACGUGUUUGCGUCCACGAGUUCGAAUAAUAAAGGAAAUUCAGAAAAAUGUAUACAAAACGCCGAACAUAUAGAAACGUCUUUCGUCAAGGAGUUAUGUAAAUCGAAUCCCGAUUUGGAAGAAUUUAUGAUUGCCGCUGACAUUUUGAUAAGAUCCGAUUGUGUUUUGAUCGAUUCGUGUAGAAGAGUGAUCGAGCAACCUCAUGAUGACAUCGACGAAGUAGACUUCAUAGUAGUUGGCGGAGGAGUAGCCGGUCCCGUAGUGGCUGGGAGACUGUCGGAAAAUCCUAAAUGGACGGUGACCCUUUUGGAAUCAGGUCCAGAGCAACCGGCGGCCACUGAUAUACCUGCAUUACUGAGUUCGGCAAUCGCCACGAAGUAUGAUUGGCAGUAUACUACGACGCCGCAAAAAAACGCUUGUUUGGCAUUCGGAGGAGUGUGCGGUUGGCCUCGUGGAAAAGUGUUGGGUGGAACGGCUGUACUGUCCGGUUCGAUGUACUCGAGAGGGCACCGGGAUGUAUACGACGGGUGGUUGAGAGACGGCAACGUCGGAUGGGGAUACGAUGACGUGUUGCCGUUUUUCAAGAUGUCUGAGAACAACAAGGACUACCAGACGGAACACCACGGUACUCGGGGCCCGAUUUCUGUGCAAAAACCCAGCGAAAUUUUGCCGAUCACGCGGACGCUGAUGGAGGCUGCUGGAGAAUUGGGGUACGAGGAGAUCGACAUGAGCCACCCGGAACCGAUGGGCUUCUCGAUCGCGCAGCUCAUGAUCACCAACUCCAAGACCCGGAUGACGACUCCCACGGCGUACCUGCGGCCGCACCUGCGGAUCCGCGGCAACCUGCGCGUUAAGACCAACAGUCACGUGACCCGGCUUCUGGUGGCCGCGGACCGGCGGUCGGUGUACGGCGUCGAGUACGUGGACAGCGCGAACCGGACCAGGCGGCUGACGGCGCGGAAGGAGGUGAUCCUGUGCGCGGGUGUCAUCGGGUCCGCGCACCUGCUCAUGCUGUCCGGCAUCGGGCCGGCGGAGGACCUGCGGCCGCUGGGCGUGCCGGUGGUGCAAGACCUGCGCGUGGGUCACAACCUGCAGCACCACGUGGCCAGCAAGCUGAGCUUCCAGCUGAACGUGACCAAUGACCGGUUGCUGACGUUCGAGACGAUAGGCCAAUACCUGAAGCAGAGGUCAGGCCCGCUGUCCACCACCGGCGGCCUGCAGACGUCCGCGUUCCUGCGCUCGGACCGGGCUGGGCCCGCGGACCCGGCCGACGUGCAGCUGUUCUUCGACGGUUACUCGCCGAACUGCGCGUACGCCCAACCGGUUUACGGCGGGUGCAUGGCGGCCGCGGACCACGUGCUGAUGAACGUCCGGCCGGUGAACGUGCGGCCGCUGAGCCGGGGCACCAUCCGGUUGACGAGCGCCGACCCGUUCGUCCGGCCGCGGAUCGAUCCCAACUACCUGGCCGCGGAAGCGGACGUCGACGUGCUGGUGUGGGGCCUGCGGCUGGCCAACGACCUGGUGCGCACCGCGGCCCUGCAGCGGCUGGGCGCCACCGUCGACCGGAAGCCCGUCGAGCACUGCGGCCGGCACGCGUUCGGCACGGACCCGUACUGGCGGUGCCUGAUCCGGUACCACACCCGCGGCGAGAACCACCACGCGGGCACGUGCAAGAUGGGCCCGGCCUCCGACCCGACCGCCGUCGUCGACCCCGAGCUGCGCGUCCACCGCGUCCGCGGCGUGCGCGUGGCCGACUCGUCCGUGUUCCCGACGCAGCCCAACUGCAACCCCAUCGCGCCCGUCGUGAUGGUCGCCGAGAGGGCCGCGCAGUUCAUCAAGAACACGUGGCGCUGACGCGAUCGUUCGCGUACACGGCGGCGCCGCGCACGCCCGUUUACCCGCGGGGCUAUACGGCGGCACGCGGACGGACGUGCGCGAAUAUUGUUCGUGUAAAUUCGGAUUGUUUUUAAAUCCGUUCUUCCUCGCGGUAUACCACUAUACACUUCAAAGGCCGUCUUUACUAUAUUGUUAUCGGCGUAAAGGUUAUCGUUUAAUUCAGAGUACUCCGUUUUCGCUAUAAUAUGACGUAUAAUUAUUAUUAUUAUGUUUAUUCAUUUGACGUGUAUAAUAUAUAUAUAUAUAUAUAUUAUGUUUAUAUCGUAAUAUCGUUAAUAGCGAUGUAUUGUAUCGCUAAGAUUAAGUACUAUUGUUUCGCUUUUGUACGCAUUUAAAUAUCGUUACCGUUUAACUUAUAAGUAAACACGCGCGCAAUAAUCUUUAUAAUAUGUUAUGUAUGAAUGUCGAUUACUCCAUUUUAAAAUAUAUUUCGGCCAUAACUCGAA